GCAGUAUGGUCACCCUGGAGCCUUCUCUUCUCCAGCCUGAACAACCCCAACUCUCCCAGCCUGUCUCCAUAGCAGAGGUGCUGCAGCCCUUGGCACAUCUUCAUGGCCACCUCUGGACUUGCUUCAGCAGCUCCACGCCCUUGUUAUGUUGAGGGCCACAGACUUGGAUGCAGCCCUGCAGGUGGAGUUUCAUGAGAGUGGAGCAGAGAGAGAGAAUCCACUUUCUUGGCCUGCUGGCCACACAUCUCCUCACAGGACCAGAUUUCUACUUCUAAUAAGGCCUGCUGUGCGUGGACAAGAGGGCUGAGGCCCUGUCUCCAUACCAAAGUAUAUAAUGUCUGCUCCAAGUGGCAACUCUGUCCCACCUGCACCACCUUCUUAUGAGGAAACCGUAGGAAUCAAUGUGAACUAUCCUCACCCCUAUCCCAUCCCUGGCCCUGGACAGAAGAAGCCAGAUGGGAAGGGAAUGAACCCUCCCCCAUCCAUGGGACAGCCUCCACCAGCAAAUAACCCCAUUACUGUUCAGACGGUGUAUGUGCAGCAGCCAGUGCUGUUUUAUGACCGCCCGGUUCAGAUGUCCUGCCCUUCCUGUAACCAGGUGAUAGUGACACGUCUCUCGUACGACGCAGGAGCUUUGACCUGGCUGUCAUGUGGUGGCCUCUGCCUGCUGGGGUGUAUAGCAGGCUGCUGCUUAAUUCCCUUCUGCAUUGAUGCCCUAAAGGAUGUGGAUCACACCUGUCCGAAAUGCAAUACUCUUCUUGGUUCUUACAAACGUUUAUAGGCAGUGUUUAAACACUGAUGGAUGAAGUUAGUUAGCACCUCUACAAGCCCUCUCUGAAGCUUCAUGGAGACUUCCUGUUUUUUCUGUGCAUCCUAUCACUGGAAACCAAUAAAAAGUAAUGUUUAUUACUA